AUGUCGUCAUAAAUAUCAAUCACUUUUCCAAUACAUGAUGUGUUGAGAGAGAGAGAGAGCGCCAAAACAUUGUUAACACUUUGAGAUCAGUUUGAGUGAUAUAUUAGUGACAAUAUGUCUCCCAUUGCUGUCAACAAGUUUUAUCAAUCAACCAGAAGACGUAUCAAAUUGAAACAAAAUAACAAUAAUAGCACUCAAGAGACAAACGGUUUCCCAAUUGAAAGCCGAUUAUCACCUGCAGAGCAACAGAUACUCAUCAACGGAAAAGUGUCGACAAAAUCACUCAAAAGAGUCAAACAUAAUCAUCAAUUGAAUGUCAAAAAUACGCCGAUAAAAGUCAAUAUGAAGACAUUGUAUGACUAUUAUAGUCCAACAGAAGGGGAUAAAGAAAAUAUUUGUCAUAAAAGUGAUGACAAAACCAAUAAAAACAGCGACACUUCGUUUGUCAUUAAAAACCAAUUAAACAUAACUCCUAUUAAACUUGUGAUAAAUAAUAACAUCAAAGACGGUGAUGAAGAACAAGAAACGGAUUCUAUUCCGACAUUUUCCACACAAGAGAUGAGACAAAGAGUGUCUAUUUUUGAUGAGAAUACUCCAAUCGGUUUAAAGAAUUUAGUUAAUACUUGUUAUAUGAAUGCAAUUAUUCAGUCUUUGUUUGUUUUGAGGUUUUUUAUCACAGAUUUAGAGAAUAAAUACAAAGAAUUGAAUUCAGAAAAAGACUUAGAAAUGACUCGAAUUGUGUUAAAUGUUUACAAACAAUACAAUCAAAUGCGAGACAAAUCAGACGAUUGUCAACAACUGUUAAAUGAAAGUUUGUUAUCAUUGAAGAGUUGUGUCGGCAAAAGAUCCCACACUUUUCUGAGUCAUUUACAACAAGACGCCGCAGAAUUCUUCACUCAUAUCAUUGAUAUUAUUGCCGAAGAAUUUGAUGAAAUGAAAAAUUUAGAUCCAAUUGAACAUAAUUUUACUUUUGAAACAUUGGGUUCGUUAACGUGUAAAACAUGUCAUAAUAAGACUGAAAUGCAAAACGAAAAGUUUCAGACUUUGUAUUUGACGAUUCCCGACAAUCACUCACUUGAAACUGCUUUUAAAGAAUAUCUCAAAGAUGAAACAACUCGACAUAAAUGUAUAGCCAAAGACUGUUUGGCAAAUGAAAACGUUUUAGAGAAAUGUUUUGCCAAACUUUCCAAAGUAUUGUUUAUACAACUCGGAAGAUAUGAUGAGGACGGAGACAAACGUAACGAACAGGUAAUGGUUCCACAAUUUAUUCGUUUACCGCUCCAUCACUCCAACAACAAUUUAAUAACUCCCUCACCAUUGAGUACACCAUACAAAUCAAAAUUUCAUUUGAUUUCAAACAACUCUAAAGUUGUUCGCAAUUUGUUUAAUGAAAAUCAAGACAAGAGUUUAGACAACAAGACUGACACUGAUUUACAAACUGGUGAUUAUGUCAUCUACCAGUUGGUGGCAGUUAUAUGUCAUCACGGAAUCAGUUUAUCAGUCGGACAUUACACGUGUUUUGUAUAUAAUAAUCAAAAUAAUCAAUGGUUUGAAUGCGAUGACAACGAUAUAUAUUUAUCAGACUUUGAUUUUGUCCAAAACAAGAGUCAAGAGACAGGCUAUUGUUAUAUUUAUGUCAUUUCUUAA